GUGUCAGUGACGAUAAUUGAGGCGAGGCAGUUGUCGGGGGUGAACAUGAACCCCGUGGUGUGCGUGCAGGUGGGGGACCAGAGGAAGUACACCUCUGUCAAGGAGUCCACCAACUGCCCCUAUUUUAAUGAGUAUUUCGUCUUUGAUUUCCACAUCAUUGCCUCAGUCCUUUUGGACAAGAUGAUAACAAUAUCGGUGCGUGUCUUACAUUCGCGGAACAUUUUGAGAUCAGGCACGAAGAUUGGGAGUUUCAAGUUGGAUGUUGGCACUGUGUACGAUGCUCCUGACCACCACUUUUACCACAAAUGGGCUGUCCUCACGGACCCUGACGAUGUGACGGGGGGGUGCAAGGGCUACGUUAAAUGUGACAUAGCCGUCUUUGGGAAGGGUGACAAGAUCAAGGUUAUUGUUGUACCCCAGAAAAAAUCAAACGCUGAUGAUGAUGAUAUUGAAUCAAACCUUCUGCUUCCGAACAACAGUCCGGUCGAGAGGCAGCGAGCCAGGUUCAUUGUCGCUAUUUACAGAGGGGAGGGAUUUCCCAGGAUGAAUACUGGCAUUAUGGCUAACGUUAAGAAGGUUGGGGAGGUGAAAGAUUUGGUGGACCCCUACGUACAAGUCUCAUUUGCCGGGAAAAAGGUAUUUAGACAUAAUUAUAAUAACAUAAUAAUAAUAAUAAUAAUUAUUAUUAUUAUAUAUUAUAUAAUUGUAAUUAUUAUAAUUAUUGUAGUAAUAAUUGCAGGGGCGAACGUCCACAAAGAAAGGCCGUUACAAUCCAGUCUGGAAUGA